GCUGGGAGAGGCAGCUGCUCUCUCAGCCCGGCUGCUGGCGGAGACGGGGGAGGGGGCUGCCCAGUCCCUGGAUGCGGCGGAAGGCAGCUGGCCCCGGAGAUGGUAGCGGGCAGAUCCCAGUGAAUCAGCCCGGCUCCUUGGUCUGGGGCGUUCGGCUUCGAGCGGCUGGAGGGACCCUCCGGGCUGGGCUCGGGGAGAAUGGGAUGCUGCACCGGGCGCUGCACCUUGAUUUUCCUCUGCACUUUACAGCUGCUUGCUGCAUUAGAGAGACAAGUGUUCGAUUUCCUGGGAUAUCAAUGGGCUCCUAUUCUAGCCAAUUUCCUCCACAUCAUCAUCGUUAUCCUUGGCCUCUUCGGAACUAUUCAGUAUAGGCCACGCUACGUAGUGGUGUAUGCCAUCUGGACUGCCAUGUGGGUCACCUGGAACAUCUUCAUCAUCUGCUUUUACUUGGAGGUGGGAGGACUUUCAAAGGUGAGUAGGAAGGACAGCGAACUUUUGACCUUUAAUAUCUCCCAGCAUCAGUCAUGGUGGAGUGAAAAUGGCCCUGGCUGCGUAAGGAAGGAGGCUUCCAUGGCUGGCAUAAAGGGAUUGGACAGCCACUCUUACAUCUCUGUGAUUGGCUGUGCUCUAGAGUAUCGGUACAUUGAGGUCAUGCACAGCUCGGUCCAGAUUCUGGUAGCGCUGGUGGGCUUUGUCUAUGCCUGUUACGUUGUCAGUGUUUUUACAGAAGAAGAGGACAGCUUUGAUUUCAUUGGUGGAUUUGAUCCAUUUCCUCUCUACCAUGUCAAUGAAAAACCCACCAACCUUUUGUGCAAGCAGACAUAUCUGCCUGCGUAAGUGAGGAAGAUCCAUAAGCUCGAUAAACCUUUUGCACCCAGCAAUCAAAGGCGCUGCAAGAAAUGAAGCCAUCCUUGGUCUAGAUCUGUGGCAGAGGAAAUGCUAGGAUAAUGAAAUCCAUUCCACUUCAGUUUUUUUACACAAUGAAUGUACAUUGAUGAAGGGCCUCUAGGUUUAUUUUCAGUUUGUGAGUGUCCUGAUGAACCGUUAGUCCGUGGCCUGGCCUUGUUGACCCAUGGAUGGGACAGGCUUGGCUGAGAUGGACAAGUCCAACGGGAACCCUUCAUGAUCUCUUGAGCAUCAGAGUUGAACAGCUGGGAACCUUCUUCCUUCCACCAUGGAUCUAUAAAGAAUAAAGUCCUGCCAAUCCCAGUGGUUCAGGCUUCAACAGUUUUGUAGUUUACUUUUUUUAAAAUGGACAAGGUCCCCAACACAAUCUCACCUCUCCCUACCUGUGGGGGACAGGGAGGAGGCUAUUUGCCUUUACUGAGAAUUCUCCACUCCUUAUAACCUAAGGAUUAGUCCACAUAGGAAGUGUGGCCUGAUUUCAGCCACUAGGGCAGCUGUGUUGGUGAAAAAGUCCUAACUGUAGACGGGCAAAGCCAUGAUUUGCUCCUGGUACAGCUUAGCCCAAUGUCAAGGCUGGGUGAGCCACACCAGUGCACAUUGUAGCUUACAGCAACUUUGUCUGUGUACACUAAACGUACACUGCUGCUCCUGCUGUAGACAGGGGCUAAGGCCAAAUUCUUGAUGCAUUAGAGACCUCUUGUACAGAGACACAAGGCAGUCAAAUUUACUCCAGGAGUGGCCUGAGCCAUGUGGGAAUUUGUGGAGAAGAAGAAUUUUAU